AACACCACAAGAAAGCACAUGCACUAUCUUCACUAGUGCUUCGUAAUAUUACUAGAAAUUUUCCAUUGCAGAGAGCUUUAACAAUGGAAAGAAGAGUUGGGAUCAUUGGAGCAGGAAUUAGUGGGCUACUAGCUUGCAAAUAUGUUCUUGAAAAAGGAUUCCAACCCAUUGUUUUUGAAUCACAACCUGGUCUUGGUGGAGUUUGGACUCACACAGUUGAAACAACUAAACUUCAAACACCAAAACAAGCUUUUGAGUUUUCAGAUUUUCCAUGGCCUUCUUCCGUCAAAGAAGAUUUCCCAGAUCAUAAUCAAGUUAUGGAGUAUAUAGAAUCAUAUGCACUUCAUUUCAAUUUACAUCCUUAUAUCAAAUUCAACACCAAAGUUAUCAACAUCGACUAUUUAGUACAAGAAGGACAAGAUAUGGUUUCAUGGAGUCAUUGGGGUGGUUCGGAUCAGGCUUUCGGUAAUCCUAAAGGUAAAUGGGAAAUUGCUACUGUUGCUGGCCAAGAACACCAAGUUCAUGAAGUAGAGUUUGUGAUUCUUUGCAUCGGGCGGUUCAGUGGAGUUCCAAAUAUUCCUGAUUUCCCACCAAAUAAAGGUCCAGAUGCUUUCCUCAAUGGUAAAGUUAUACACUCUAUGGAUUACUCUGCCAUGGAUGAUUCUGAUGCUGCUAAAUUUGUCAAAGGAAAACGUGUCGUGGUAGUUGGACUUCAAAAAUCAGCUUUAGACAUUGCUAAUGAAUGCGCCAUUGCCAAUGGAGUGGAAAAUCCUUGUACAUUGAUAUACAGAAAUGCUCAUUGGAAUGUACCUGAUUAUCUUCCGUACGGUGUACCUCUUGGUUACCUAUACCUUAAUCGUUUUUCUGAACUCUUGCUCCAUAAACCUGGCGAAGGACUAUUCCUUAGUCUUUUAGCUACUCUUUUUUCACCUCUAAGAUGGGCAGCUUCGAAAUUUGUGGAAAGCUAUAUCAAAUCCAAAUUUCCCCUGAAGAAAUACAAUAUGGUACCAGAACACAGCUUCUUACAAGAAAUUUCUUCUUGCUCAAUCUCAACCGCGCCGGAGAAGUUCUAUGAUAGAGUAGAAGAAGGAAGCAUUAUCUUUAAGAAGUCAAGGGGGUUUGGCUUCUACAAAGACGGGUUGAUAUUUGACGAUGAUGUAAGGGCGCCUUUAGAAACUGAUGUUGUGAUCUUUGCUACCGGUUAUAAGGGGGACGAAAAGCUCAAAAACAUCUUUAAGUCACCAACAUUUCAGAACUAUAUUAUGGGAUCCUCAAACUCCACUGUUGCAUUAUACAGAGAAUGCAUUCAUCCACGGAUUCCUCAAUUGGCAGUAAUUGGGUAUUCCGAGAGUGUUGCAAAUUUGUAUACAUCAGAAAUGAGGUCUCGAUGGUUAGCACAUCUCCUCGGGGAUGAUUUCAAGUUGCCAAGUAUAAAAAAGAUGGAGAAAGAUGCGUUGGAAUGGGAAAAAUUCUUCAAGCGUUACUCUGGUCAGUAUUAUAGGCACUCAUGCAUUGGCGUAUUGCAUAUUUGGUACAAUGAUCAGCUGUGUGAGGAUAUGGGUUGUAACCCAAGGAGAAAGAAGGGGUUCUACGCAGAAAUGUUCGAGCCUUAUGGACCCAUGGAUUAUGCAAAUCUUACUCCUGGUAAUAAUUGACUCGUAGUUCAGCUUUGGCGCUAUGGCAUUUUCCGGGGAUUUGGAUCAUGUCGCUACUGGGGACUUUCAGCUAGCAUGACUAUUGUCUGUUUUAAACAGCAUCCCAUUUGCCAUAUAGGCUCCAUAUAGAUCCUCAUUAGCGUAUCAUCAGUACCAUGAUUGUUGCUUCAUAUUAUUAGAGAUAUUCUUUCUGUUUCGAUGUUGAUUUCCAUUCCCUCAUUUUCAUUUUGUGGAUUUCUAUCUUUCUUUGUUAAUUAAGUUCCUCCGUUAGGG